AUGGCCACAAAACGUGUCCUUCGUGGCAGUCACCAACCAGAGGACGAACCCGGUAUCAUAUCGUCACUCCUCCAGAUAGAAAAAUGCAAGAUCCCGCAGCAAAAGAUGAUAUGGAUCGUCGAGAACCUCGAAUGUCUCGGCCGACGACAAUCCAAGAAGAGAAAACUUACUAAGGAAGAAAAUGAAAAGUUCGAGACACCUUAUUGGUUCAGAAAAAUCGUCAACGGAUUCGCAGACAGCAAUUUCGUUGCGCUUUCGUACACCUGGGACGCUUCCGAGUAUGAGGCGCAGAAUUCCAGAAGCGAGGGUCACAAAAUUGAGACAAGGGACGGGCAAGAAGCUUGGCGCUCUUCGGUACGAAAUUCGGUGCUUGAAAGGAUCACCAAGUACAUGCAGUGUCAUGAUGUGCCGCUUCUGUGGAUUGAUCGGCAUAGCAUCCCGCAGAAGAAAUGCAAGCAGCUAGCAUGCACACAUACUGAGUGCCGACAAAAGAGACAUGCUCUCGAUGCAAUGGACCGUGUUUACUCGCUGAGCGAUCAUCCCGUUGCGCUACUCGGUCGGCCUAUCCAAGAUGAGGAUGAGAUGAGGACCCUCUCUUCGGUACUCAAAGGUGCCCUUGUCAAGCACCACGAGGGCGGAUUCGCGCUAUCCAAAGGCGCAGAAUAUAGUCAAGCGCAUAAAAUGCUAUCCCUGAUAUACGAAAUCACUCGCGAUAAAUGGUGGACGAGAGCGUGGACGUUCCAAGAGAACUACAGAGCUGGUCUCAAGAUGACGCUUCUGAUUCAUCAUAGCGCCGACUUCGAAGACACAAAGCGGUUGAUACUCAGCGGUAAGAAACCGAUGUUUGGUGUAGUACCGGGCGAGUUGAGUGUCCAGUCUGCCAGGUUUUCAGAAAGCGCUACUAAAUUCUGUCUUGGCUUUCGCCGACAUCACUUUGUGACGAGUGAGGAUGACGAAAUGAUUGAUCACAUACUGGCGACGGCUGGCAAGUACACCAUAUUGCUCUCACCUUCAAGCUCCAUGUCUGGAACGAUUGUCUCAGAUGUUCGAAAACGAGGCGUCACGGAGCCAUCGGACUGUCUGGCCAUUAUCGCCAACUGCUGCCAGUACGCGACACGUCUCAACAGUACGCGGCUUCAGGAUAGCGGUGUAGACCUAGAUCUCGCGAUACUAGCCCUUCGUCUCGUAAAUGGCGAGAUACUCAAGAACGACGAACCGCCCUUAUCUGAACAUGAGCCAAUGGUUGAACAGAUCAACAAUCUUUUCUUCGACGAUUUCCGAGCCCCGGAGGGUGCUAAAAGGUUGACUUUCAACAAGAGCUGUCGCUUCGUUGAUGUUAACUUCACCAAAACUGGGAUAGUCACAAGAGGUCAUCUCUGGAAGCUGGACGACGGUCUUCGAGCACCGCGGUCAUCGCCACGCUUGUCACAGCCAGUUCGGAAAGGCGAACAGCAACUAUCGGAUUAUGAGCGGACCCGGCUGAGACAGCUAGUCGAACUUGUCAAGGCAAAGAAAGGACGUAAGGACGCAAAGAUAGUGGAUGAUGUGAAGGACUUUCUGGAGGAAGAUGCUUUCGUUGUGGAUGAGGAGUCUUUCAGCCUGCGGUAUCGAAGAUCCAUGGCGAAGGAGGUCGUCAGAGCCAUGGAAGCAGAUCAACCUUUAACACUGGGCUAUCUAUGCGACCCCUCUGGAGAUGCUACAACAGCACGAGCGAUAUUUAUUCGGAGCCGGAAAUAUGAUGAAUCUGAAGAGCUUUUCAGCCAGCAAGAUGAUGAUCUUACACAUGUCUUCACGUCGCUCUGGUCAGAAGACCAGCCAGAUGAGGAGUAUCUUGCAAACGAUCUCGACCACCAUGUAUCUCUUGGGGUUCGGCUGUCAUAUGAUAAACACAACCUACCGUUGCGUUUGUAUACUAAGGAAUGGGUUCUCGGUUUGUGCUUCUUUGUUGGUGCUCCGACUUACGAAGUUGUGUUUCCGUGGCCCAGACCCUUAUCGCGGUAG